AUGCCCUCUCUUGACACGCGAGGAAUCAUCGCGGCAGCACAAUUGGGCGCUUAUACCCCGAUUGCAGCAGUAUCUCUCUACUUGACAAUCCGAUAUGCCCUCCGCCGAGAUGCAGGAUGGAUUUUCCUCAUGAUUUUCUCACUUGUCCGAAUCGCUGGGGGAGCACUAAUUAUUGCGGCUGAGGUGAUGAAAAACCCCAAGCAAGAUAUGUACAUUGCUGCCUAUAUCCUCUUCCAUGGCGGACUUGCACCACUUAUGCUCUCGACAUUGGGUUUCCUUGGCCUUGCUGGUCAACACACUUAUAGCGAAUUAACCUUUCUGACCGAUUUGCAGCGUGCCAUUGCGGUAUUUCUGGUGAUCGCACUGGGUCUGACCAUUGCGGGUGGUAUUUUGGGGACCCAUCUCGCGCCAACACAAGGUCACAUUGGCGACAUUCUACGCAAGACGGGGGCCGCUCUCCAUGGCGCAGUCUAUGUCGCUUUCAUUUGGAUUCAUAUUCGGUGUUGGGAUGACCGAUACGAAAUGCGGAGUUUUCGCAGACGACUACUUUAUGGCGUCCUACUCGCUCUUCCUGUCUUGGGUGCACGCGUUGCCUACGAGAUCCUCACUGCUUUUUCUGCUCAAGACCUAUUCGGACUCUUACCAUCCAAAAACCGGAAUUUAGCCAUGUUCCACCCUGUUACAGGCAAAUGGAUUUACUAUGCCAUUUUGGGCAUUGCUUUGGAGUUUAUUGUCGCCGUGCUAUACCUGUUAUUCAGCACAGUUCUCUCUCGCAGACACCUUGAAUCUGCCUAUACUCCGAAGGGCACAUUCAAAUCUGUCGGAGACUUUAAAAAAGUAUACGUGACUGGAGAAUCGAACUCCGCCACCAAUGCACUCGUCUGCGUUUACGAUAUCUUUGGAUACUUCCCUCAGACAGAGCAGGGAGCGGACAUGCUGGCGUCUAGCCUGAAUGUCACAGUUUAUAUGCCGGACUUCUUUGAGCCCAACGAACCGUUUCCCUCUGAAAACUUUCCGCCAACUACUGAUGAGGGCAAGAAAGCGCUUCAAGAUUUCUUCGGAGGAACCGCCAGUCCACCCGCUGCUGUCGAAAAGCUAACCGCAUUCGGUCAGCAUCUUAAAUCUAACGGUGCGGCAAAGGUUGGCGCAUAUGGCUUCUGUUGGGGAGGCAAAGUGACAUUGGUAUCGGGUGGUGCUUCCACUCCGUUUGAUGCUGUUUCCAUUGUUCACCCCGCCAUGAUGUCCGUUGGCGACGCCGAAAAAUUGACUGUGCCCCUGGGAAUCUACCCUUCCAAGGAUGAGCCAGUUGACGAGUACGUCAAAAUCGUGAAUUCUUUGGCUUCGAAACCCUUCGCUAGUCGUUGCGACAACAAGCUCUAUGCGAACAUGCAUCAUGGAUGGGCCGCCGCUCGGGCUGAUCUGAACAAGCCGGACAACAAAGAGCAGUUUGAGGAUCUCUACACACGACUAGCUCAAUUCUUCAGCAAAGCUUUGUGA